UGGCAAUGAGGUUUCCAGCAGGGUCUAAAGUCCUCUUUGUGGGGGAAGGGGAUUUCUCUUUUGUUGCUUCACUUUGUACGGAAGAUUGGUGUGCCCAGGUGUCACUUGUUGCAACCUGUCUGCAAGAAAACCUAAGCGAGAGAGCCGUUUCGAAUACAGAGAUAUUAAAAGAAAAAGAUGUGGAGGUGUUUUUGGGAGUUGAUGCCACACGGCUUCAUGCUCACCCUGAUCUGAAAGACAGGAAGUUUUCGCACAUUGUGUUCAACUUCCCCCAUGUUGGUGGCAAGAUGAAGAUACAUCUGAAUCGGCUGCUGCUACGAAAGUUCCUUAGGAGUGCCACCUGCGUUUUGGGUCGAGGGGGUCAGGUGGUGGUAUCUCUCUGUGCUGGCCAGGGUGGUGUUAGCAUUGACUCCAAAACCCGUAGGUGGGAUGACUCUUGGCAGUUGGUCCUCAUGGCCUCAUAUGCUGACCUGGUUCUGACAAAGCUGGAGCCGUUUGAUGCUGAAAACCAUUUGGGAUACUCUGCUACCGGGUACAGAUCUAUGGAAAAAGGUUUUGUUCAGCAAGGGUCUUUGGUCUAUACUCUAGAAAUCAGUCAAAGACAGUGGAAUCCCUCAGUGUUGUUACCAGACAGUACAAAAGAUUUAUUAUGUCAAGGACAGUACAUUAAGGUGCCAUGCUAUGUUGCUUGUAAGCUGGAGAAAGUUGGCUUUGAUGAUCCAGAUACUUUGAUUGGAUGCAUUUCAAAAUUAAUAAAGGAAAACUGUGCUCUCAAUUUUCACACACACACCAAUAAAAUAAUUUUGGAGGAAAAUAUGAGUUUGAAAGAUAUUUCAGGGUACUGUAGUACUUUCAAAAAGUCAGAAGUAGACAGUGAUAUUGAUCUAUAUCAUUCAUGCAGAUUAAGUAAAUCAAAAGUUUUUCAAAUUGAACCAUUGCUAAUAUUUAUUUCACACAGAAAGAAAGUAGACUUACAAGACUUAAUUCAAGAAGAUUUAUAUAUAAACAUACAUAAUACAAAUAAAGGUUUUACCCCAAAAGCAAAACACAUUAUAUGGAAAGAUGUAAUUGAAACACCAUUUGCACAUCAGGAAAAUAACAUAAUCGGCAGAGACCAAUCAUUUACUUCAGAGAGUGAAAGGUAUUUUAAGAGCUUAUUUAUUUUCAACAUAUCAACAAUAGCCAAGGCAUAUUUUGAAGUGGAUCUUGAUGAAUUAUGGGCUGAUGGGCAGAAAGUCAAGGUAGAGAGUGAUGUAAUCAUGUAUUCACCAGCAAGUGUAUGUCCCCUAGAGUAUACUUAUGACCUUAGUUUCUGGGAGACCCAAGAGAGUCUGACAAAUAUUGCAAACAUGCCAAGAUCCAUACAUGAUGAAUUUGAUCCAUGUAGAGUAGAGAUCAUCAUCAACAACAUAGCUCAAGAGAGUUUAGUGAGUUAUACACUUUUAAGCACUUAUAAUGAUCCAGACACCUCUAGAAAGAGUUACACAUACAGAAUAAAGUACAGGUGUUUUUCAUAUGCAUUAUCAGAUACACUGGCUAAGGCAAUUCAUUGUGAAAUAGGAAAGAAACUAGAACAGUUGAUGGGAGUGGAGGUUCGGUAACAGAGGUCAAAUUCUUGUGGGGGAAUAUUUGAAAUGUUUUAUUGGUUUAUGACUUCAUUGUAAAUAUAAAAAAAUUAUAAGAUAAUUACAUCCUACAGUUGUUUCUAUUUAUUUAUGUUGUUUUAAAAUGAUAUUGAAGUUUUUAUACACAUUUUAUUGAUUACAUAAGUAAAAGUCAUAAUAUGUUAGGUUGAAAUGUUGAUAAAACUAGCAUGAAAUUUGAAAUAUAUUUUAAUGCAAUAUUUGGAAAUAUUUAAU